UCAACUUAUGUGCUGAAAAUCAAUUUGCUUGGCAACCCAAAAAAGGCUAGAAAGGAUAUCAAAUGCUUCUGUUUUGAUAAGGUUAUUGAUUCCGACUUAACAAAUUAUAAGGACUUGGUUGAAUCAAUCGUAGAGCAGUACUCGCCUCGUUAUUUGGAAGUGGCACAUGUUCAGUAUUGUGAUGAUGUUCUUAAAAUCUACCCUGAAGUAACAUCUGACCAAUAAUUGGUGUUGAUGUUUGAGAAACACUCUAAGACAAAGGUUGUGCACAUGUUUGUUGCAUAUUGUGAUCCAUCGGAACCAUAUGAGCCUAUAACGGAGUGGCAUAGUGAUGCGCAUAGCCAACCUAACAACAUAGAACAAGAUGAUGAUGAUGAUUAUCUUCGCAACCCAGUACCUGAGAAUGAGCAUGUUGGUGUUGAUGAGGAAAAUAUUUAUUUAGAGGAUAAACCUGUACCUCUUAUCAUGGUUCCUUGUUCCAACAAAGAAAAGGACAAAGACUAUGUUCCUGAUCAUGAGAGCGAGGCUGAGAGCGAGGUUGAGAGCGAGGAUGAGAGCAUGUCAGAGGUUGAAGUAGAGGAAGAUGAGGAAUAUCACGAGGCAGAUCAUGCACCACACAUUGAAUAUAAUAAAUUAGAUCAUCCAAUGAACGAAGGAAGAAAAUAUCCCAAUAUGGCAGAGUUUAAAUUGGCGCUUUCUCAGCAUGCAAUCAAACAUGAAUUUGAGUUUGACACCGAAAAGAGUGCACCACAUAGGUUCAGAGCUUAUUGUUCAAGAAGGGAUGAAGAUAAGUGUCCAUGGAGGAUAUAUGCUUCUACAAUGGAAGAUGAGUGCACAGUAAUGGUGAGAAAGAACCCUUGUGGUCAUGAUUGCUCUAGUACAAAAAGAAAAAAGAAGUUGAAGAAUGCAAACAAGCGGUGGAUAUGUGAGCACGUGAAGGACUGGCUAAUUGAGGAUGCAACUCUAGGAACAAAGGCAUUGCGAAAGAAGCUUAAAGAGCAUCAUGGAAUCGACACCAACUCUAAGAGAGUCUAUAUGGGUAAGCUGCUAGCCUUGAAGGAACUAUAUGGUGAUCGGGAUGCAAGCUUUGAUAAUCUUUAUAGUUUCAAGUUGCAAAUUGAAAGUUGCUGCCCCGGUAGCAUAGUGAUCAUUGAUCAUCACACAAUGAAAGAUAAAAUCAGAUUUAAAAGAAUUUUUGUUGCUUUGAAGCCUUGCAUCGAUGGGUUUCUUAAUGGCUGCAUGCCAUACUUGGCAGUAGAUAGCACCUUCUUGACAGGCGGGUUCAAGGGGCAACUGGCUAGUGCUACCGCCGUUGAUGGCCAUAGUUGGAUGUAUCCAGUUUGUAUGGGUGUCUUUGAUUCUGAAACUAAUGAGAAUUGGACCUAGUUCAUGCAAAUGGUUAGACAAGCCAUAGGAUCCCCAAGGGGUUUAACCAUAUGCACCGACGCUGGGCAACCAGUGAUGACAGGUGUAAAAGAAGUGUU